AUGAACGCGAGCUUCUUCCAGAUACUAAAAGCAAAAAAAGAACUCAUUCCCCUGGUUGGAGUAGUGUCCUUUGCAGCUAUCGGGGCGCUCUCUUUUUCUGCCUAUUCCCUAUUCAGCAAAUCUGAUGUGAUCGUUAACAAGAGUGGCAAUCCAGAACCAUGGGAAACUGUUGAUCCUACCAAGCCUCAGAAGCUUUUAACAAUCCAUCAGAAAUGGAAACCUAUAGAAGAGCUGGAAAAUGUCAGAAAGCUUACGAAGUGACAAGUUUCUGUUGCCUCAAAAAGGUACCCUAUGAAUCUAGUGGAAUCACUUCUGCACAAACUUGACUACUGAAAUCAGUGUGCGGAAAUGCUUCUGCUACAUUUUUAGGGUCUCCCUACAUUUUUUGGACUCUGGAUGAGGAGUUUCCUGUUGCCUUACAAGUUGGCAUACAACAUCCACACAGUCCAAAAAUCUGUCUUAAAUACUCAUUUUCAGUAGGCAUUUGAUGUCAAAUGUUGAAUAUUCUGAUGAUAAUUAUAGGUGGAAAAAGCCUUCACACUUUUUGUAGAAUUUUGGUUUUCUCAAAAUACAUAAUUUUGUAAUUUUAUAUAUUUUUAAUAAAA